UGGAAGUUUGAAACCAGCCCUCAACAACCACAAAAAUUCCCUGCCCUACCUAUAUAUAUAUAUUUCACACAAUAACGCAGACCAUUCGUUUCAAAAUCUUUGUGGAAAUUUAACGAACCAUUGCCACCAAAUCGGAUCACCAUGGUUUCUCCGCUGAGCCUAUCAAAAAAAGUGUGCGUUAUUGGUGCUGGACCAUCGGGGCUAGUGGCCGCUAGGGAGUUGAGAAAAGAAGGUCACAACGUUGUGGUUUUAGAACAAAGAUAUGAUGUUGGUGGUCAAUGGUUAUAUGAGCCUAAUGUAGAGAGUGAGGAUCCGUUAGGUAAGAAAAAGUUUUUACAAGUGCAUAGUAGUAUUUAUGCCUCUCUUAGGUUAGUAUCUCCUAGGGAGAUCAUGGGUUUCACUGAUUUCCCAUUUUUGGUCAAGAAAGGCAGAGACACAAGGAGGUUUCCUGGGCAUAGGGAACUUUGGUUGUAUCUCAAGGAUUUUUGUGAGCACUUUGGUUUGAGGGAAAUGAUAAGGUUUAACACUAGUGUAGAAUACGUACGGAUGUUAGAGUAUGAUGGGAUCGGGAAAGACUUGAAAUGGAUGGUGAAGAGCAGAGACAAAAGCAGCGAAGAAACGGCGGUGGAAGAGGUUUUUGAUGCGGUUGUCGUGGCUACUGGUCAUUACUCUCACCCUAGGUUGCCUACCAUCAAAGGGAUGGAUACUUGGAAAAGGAAGCAAAUGCAUAGUCACAUUUACAGGGUUCCAGAGCCGUUCCGCAAUGAGGUUGUUGUGGUUGUGGGAAAUUCGCUAAGCGGACAGGAUAUAUCAAUGGAGCUUGUGGAAGUGGCCAAGGAAGUCCACCUUAGUGCCAAAUCUCUUAAUAUUACAGAGGGUUUAUCGAAAGUCAUCUCUAAACACGAGAACUUGCAUCUCCAUCCACAGAUCGAGACCCUCCAAGAAGAUGGUCGAGUUGUGUUCGUGGAUAGCUCUUGGCUCAUUGCCGACACUAUCUUACAUUGCACAGGGUAUUCAUACACAUUCCCAUUUCUUGACACCAAAGGGAUAGUAGCUGUGGAUGAUGAUAGAGUGGGGCCCUUGUAUGAGCACACCUUCCCUCCAGCGCUUGCUCCUUCUCUUUCUUUUGUAGGCAUACCUAGAAAGAUCAUAGGGUUCCCUUUCUUUGAGGCCCAAGCAAAAUGGAUUGCUCAACUACUUUCAGGGAAAAGAACGUUGCCAUCACGGGAGGAAAUGAUGCACUCCAUUGAGGAAUUCUAUAGAUCAAGGGAUGCUGCUGCCAUUCCAAAGCAUUAUACCCAUGACAUUGCAGAUUUUGAGUACUGUGAUAGAUAUGGCGAUCAUAUUGGCUUCCCACACUUGGAAGAAUGGAGAAAACAACUUUGCUUGUCGGCCUUGGUAAAUGCUGAUGCCAACUUGGAGGCGUACCGUGACUCGUGGGAAGAUCAUGAGCUGCUUCAAGAGGCUCUUCAAAGUCCUCAUUUUACUCAACUUGGAGCUGAAGACCCCACAUUUUAAAGCCAUUGGGUUUUGUUUGGACCAUUCCUUUUCCCCCCUUUUUCUUUUGGGUUCAAUUAGGACCACUAUUUCAAUUGCAAGAAAAAAGAAGCCCUUGAAAAAGAGAGAAGAAAAGGGCGAUUCUUGUUUAGCAAUGUAGUACUUAAGUUAAAAAGAGACAUUAAAAUAUCGACAUGCUACUCGUUUUCCCCGAUCA